AAACAACCCAAUGGGGACCACGUGGGAUUUAUUCUCCUGUCAUAAAAGCCACCAGCUUCCACGGGCUCUGCAUUCAUCACCAUGAUGAAGGGAAUCACCUUGGCCCUGAUGUUCUCUCUUGUGGGGAGUGAGAAGAAUGCUAUGGAACCAGGGUUCAACCCAAUCAAGACCUAUGUGUACACUUAUCAGGGUGUGAUUCUGAGUGGGCUACCAGAAAGAGGUUUGGCCAGGUCAGGCCUGAGGUUGACCAGCAAACUGGAGAUUGGUGGAGUGUCCCAGAAGCUGUAUUUCCUCAAGAUUCAAUCUCCACAAGUAGAAGAAUACAUUGGUAUCUGGCCUAAAGAUUCAUUCCUUUACUCACCAAAGCUCACUUGGACAAUUGCAUCUGGCCUUAUGCAAAUAUUCAAGUUUGAGUAUAAUAAUGGACGCAUUGGCAACAUAUAUGCCCCAAAGGACACCCCAGCUCUUGUUGUUAACAUAGUAAGAGGGAUACUAAAUAUGUUCCAUAUCACCAUCAAAAAGUCUCAAAAUAUUUAUCACUUACAAGAGGCCGGGAUUGGUGGUGUCUGUUAUACUAGCUACAUCAUCCAUGAAGAUAAGAGGAAUAAUCGGUUUUCCAUCAUAAAAUCCAGGGAUCUCAACAACUGUCAGCACAAGGCAGCCAAGAAGACAGGAAUGGCUUAUUUACACAUCAUUCCCCAAUUUGACAAGAAAGCUGAGAUUGUUAAAGGGACAGAGACAUACUCCUACCAGAUGAAGUAUACAGGGCAUGGUGCUUUAAUCACGGAAGUUACGGUUGACCAGGUGUACCAAGUCUCCCCAUUCAAUGAGGAGAAUGGGGUUGGCGUGACAGAAACUAAGCAAGACCUCCGCUUGAUUGAAGUGAAAACUGAGCGUCUGAGGUCCCCAGAAGUUCGAAUGCAGAAUCAGGGAAGCAUUCAGUACCGUUUCCUAACUACCAAAUGCCAGAUGCCUUUGCAGCUGGUGAAAGUGAAUACCCCUGAGAGGCAGGCCACUGAGGUUCUCCAGCACCUCAUCCAGAACAACCAAGGAACAUUCCAUGAAGACGCUCCAGCCAAAUUUCUAGAGCUCAUUCAGCUGAUUCGGGUGAUGGACAUUGGAAGCCUAGCCAGCAUUUGGAAGCAGUGGGAAGACAAGGCUCAGUACAGGCGCUGGUUGCUGAGUGUCAUUGCUGUGGCAGGAACCAAAGACACCCUGAAGUUCAUCAAGCAAAAAACCGAGAGUGACACCUUCUCCUUCUUAGAAAAUUUGCUGGUGGUUGUUUUUUCAUUACAGUUCACUACGGCUGAUGCCAGUGUCCUUCCCGUAGCCGAAGAAAUUAUCACCAGCCCUCGAAUACAGAAAGAUCCCUUGCUUCACAAGGUUGCUCUCCUGGCUUAUGGGUCUAUGGUUUACAGGUCACAUCUUUCCACGUCAUCAUCUCCUGCUGAAGCCCUUCAGGUACUCCAUAACUAUGCAAAUGAGGCAAUUAAAAAUGGCCAGGAAGAAGCAAUGGUCACAGCCCUGAAGGCCCUUGGCAACUCAGGCCAAGCAGCCAGCAUCAAACGCAUCCAGAAGUUCCUGCCGGUCUUCUCACCAUCUGCUUCUGGUCUUCCAGUCAGGGUUCAAGUGGAAGCCGUGAUGGCCCUGAGGAAAAUAGUCAGGAAAGAACCUUCAAAGGUCCAAGAAAUACUUCUCCAGAUCACUGCAGACCGCUCCUUGUCACCCAACGUCCGGAUGACGGCCUCUGCAUUUCUGUUUGAAUCACAACCACCUCCUUCUCUGAUGACCACGGUGGCCAACACCAUGCUGAAGGAGAAGAGUUUGCAAGUAGCCAGCUUCGUUUACUCUUACAUGAAGACCAUCUCCACAAAUCACUUUCCAGAUUGGGCUAACAGGUACGUAGGGAAUUGGUGGCAAAUUGCUAGGACAAGUAGUUAUUUCAAACAUAGUGACAUCUGAGGACCAGUGUGGCCUCUGAUGUCCACAGCAGGGAAGAGCAAUUAGAACGCUAAUUACAUCAAUAGUGGUUUUAUGCAGACUUCAGCUCCCAGGCAAAUUAUUUUUUGGUUUAAUUAAGGCCUCCUAUCUUUGUCAGAGCUAUGUCACAUUAUGAAAAUAUAUUAUGGACCUGACUUGGUAUGAAAUUCAAAAAUAACUGGUGAAAUUAUAAAGUAUGUAAGAAAUGUACAUAAUUUCCCCUUAUUAAGGGCCUAUCAAGCUCUAUCAUACUCCAGCUGUGGUGACUCAGUCUUUACUUGAAGAGUUUUGGUGAAGAGGAACCCACAAACUUCCAAAACAACCCAUUCUACUCUUGGGUGCCUCUGUUUGUUGGGAAGUUUUUCUUUACUUCAAGCUCAGAUCAACCCCUUUACAUUUUCCACCCAUUGCUCUGGCCCUUUGGGGCCAAGCAGAACAAGUCUUACCUUUUAUCCACAUGGCAGCUCUUCAAAUACUAUCAUUUCUUCUUCCCACCCCCCAAUUUUUUCUUCUCUUAACUCAACAACCCCAAUUCCUUGGCUUGAUCUUUAUACACUAUCAAGUCAAGUCCUUUUGCCAUGCAAAUCUCCCUCUUUUGCAUGCUCUCUAGUUUGUCCAUAUCUUUCUUAAAAUGUGGUUACUAGAACUGACCUGAAAACUCUACAUAUGAUCUGACCAGGGCAGAGGACACCACCUUAUUCCUUGAGACUACAUCCCUUAAUGCAGCUACAAUAGUUUGGUUUCUGUAUCACAUUAUUGACUUUUACUGAGCUUGCAGUCCACUAAACAUCCCAGAUCUUUUUCAGAAAAAAAUAACUAUUAUUUAGCCAUGUGCUGCCCAUCUUGUACCUUGUAAAGUGGAUUUCUGGAAUCCAAGUCUAGGACUUUAACUUUACUCAUAAUAAAUUUCAUUUGACCAAUUUAUAUAAUUACAACAGUAUUAUAGAAAAGGCAACUUUGAAGGACUUUAGAAUCAAAUAAUCAAAUUUCAUUUGACUAGAUUCAGCCUAACACUCUAGCUUGAGGUCUUCUCAGGUCAUAAUGGAUCCAAUGAGGUCAUUAUCUCUUUCUACUUUGGGUCAUCUGUAUGUUGUGCAUGCCUUCAUUCAAAAAAUUGAUAAACAUUUGGAACAAAAUACAGACAAAGACAGAUCCCUAGCCACUCUACCAGAGACUUUCUUCCAAUUGACAUAGAUACUUGGAUGAUUACUCUUUGGAUCUUCUAAUUAAACCAGUUUCAAUCUACCUAACUAUACUAGGAGCUAGCCAAUCUCUCCUAUCUAAUCCAACAUGAGAAUAAUUGUCAAUUAUGUUGCUAAAAUUAUUCACUAAUCAUUCCUUUAAUAAUAGCCCAGAUUUCUGCUAAAAAUAGAAGUCAAGCUUAUGGCUUAGAGUUUUCAGCCUCUGCUCUAGUCCCUCUUUUUAAAAAAUCGAGACAUUUGCCCUUCUCUAGUUCUAUAGCUCCUCUCCCAAUCUCCAUUAUUUUUUAAAGCUUAUUCAUAGUGAUUCAUAUAUGCCAAUUUAUUUAGUAUCUUGGGUAAAUGAUACCAAUUAGAAUCAGCAUAGUCCAAUAGAAAGAGCAGUGACUCUAGAGUCAAAGGUCCUGGGUUCAAGUCUUGUCUUUGAUACUAACUACCUGGGUAACCUUGGUAACUUUACUCAUCUGAAAAAUAAGGAAGUUGAACUAUAUGGCUUCUAAGGUCCCUUCUAACUCUAGAUGUAUGAUCUUAUGAACUAAAUUCCUAUGAUGUACUGCUAUAAUAAUGGUAUGUUCUGUUCUUGAUCGAGAUAAUAUGUUUCUUGCAAGUCACUGCGUCCUUUUUUAGAUUUCCACUAACCAUCACUUAAUAAAAUAAUUUUGCUAAAAAUCAAACUCAAGAUUAUUGGCUUAGAAUUUUCAAUAUCCACUUUUUCUUUUCUUUUUCCCCCCGAAAACUGAUACAUUUGUUCUUCUCUAUAUCUGUUGCAUCUCUCUUGUUCUUUAUAAUCUUUUUAAAAAUUUGCUUUAAUGUUAUUUUACUUUUGCAUUUAUUUAUAAUGAUC